UACAAAACGGACAUUAUCGAAUUGCCAACGUAUAGAUUGCCAACAUGGACUCAUGUGGUCGGACCUGUUAUUUCGUUCUAGUUUUAAUACUUUUCGCGAACUGGUGCUCAUGCGAUAGCCCUGAACAAGGCAUUUUCAGUUUCCCUUUGGAUGAGGCGAAUCGUUUUGGUGGUGUUUCCAAAAACCUCCAGGUGGAAACUGAAAUAGGAAUCACAGUGGAAUGUGCAGAUGCGAAAGAAGGAAAGUUUACUGUUGAAUGGAUGGUACGCUUCACAGAAUGCAACGAACUGCGCCCAGAGUUGAUUGUUAAUUCAUCAACAUUCAUUGAGAGCCUCUUCAGCGGUAAUGGAGCUGAACAGUCAAUGUUAACUGAGGAGGACUACAUCGCGGUGGAAAAAAGCAACAUGUCAAAUGAAAUGACCUGUCAAGGUCAUACAAACCUAAAGGAUGAAACGGACUCAAAUAGCUUUACUUGUGUCACCCAAUAUGACCAAAUGCCACACUGCAACUUUAUUGGUGUGCGACCACCUACUGAAGCAGCACCAACCACUGCACCAGCGAAGGGACAACCGAAGCAAUCUGCCCCAACUAAGGACAAGGAUGCCAAACCAGCAAUUAAGCGUAGAGCAGCACCUCCCAGUACAGCUUCAGUGGCAUCCAAACCCGUAAAUGCUACAGAAACGCCAAAGUCCAAUACAACCACGACAAGUCUACUGAAAGACAGAGUGACAAAGAUUAAUGAACGUCCUGGUCGGUAUUGGGUCCUUGUCCACGUCAAGUCCAUGGAAUCUGCCAAAAAGGACACGAAAGUUACUGUUACAAUCAAAAUGAAAUCACCGAGUGGCUUCCUGUCUGCAUACCAAGCUCCACUGCUUGCUUUCUACGGUGUGAUGUGUGGUGUCUACUCCAUUCUUACCUUCAUCUGGCUGGUUAUGAUGGCACUGCAGUGGCGGGAUCUGUUGAGAAUUCAGUUCUGGAUCGGGGCAGUCAUGCUUCUUGGCCUACUUGAGAAGGCAGUGUUUUAUGCAGAGUAUGAAAACGUGAACAAAACUGGCAUCUCUGUGCCUGGAGGCAUCAUUAUCGCUGAGCUCUUGUCCUGUGUCAAGCGUUCCUUGGCUAGAAUGCUGGUUAUUAUCGUCAGCUUAGGAUAUGGCAUCACAAGACCUCGACUUGGCAGGGAUCUUCACUGGGUGUUGGGAGCUGGGAUGCUGUACUUAAUUCUGAGCUCAGUGGAAUCGUGUCUGAGGGUCGAAGGAACUGAGCAGCACGACAUGAUUGCUAUUCUUCCAUUGGCUGUGCUAGAUGCCAUCAUCUGCUGGUGGAUUUUCAAAAGCCUUGUGGACACCACCCGUACACUGCGUCUGCGCAGAAACAUGGUCAAGCUGUGGCUGUACCGACACUUCACUAACACUCUCAUCUUCUGUGUCGUGGCUGCAGUGAUCUUCCUACUGUGGUCCACCAAAACCCAUCGCUGGACCGAGUGUAUGAAGAAGUGGAACGAGCUGUGGUUGGAUGACGCUUACUGGCACGUCUUGUUCUGCAUCAUCCUGAUCGUCAUUGUUAUCCUCUUCCGCCCUACGGCCAACAAUCAGCGCUAUGCCUACUCCCCUCUCACCGACCGAGAAGCGGAUGACGAAAGCCACGAGCCCAUGCUCAACGAUGCAUUUGAGGGAAUGAAGAUGCGCAAUGUUGUAACCAACCGGAACGAGAGCCAAAGCUCUAACAAGGUUGAGGAUGACCUGAAGUGGGUGGAGGACAACAUCCCUGCCUCAGUGGCUGAUGCUGCUCUCGGUGCCUUUGACGACUCAGAGGAAGAGCUCGUCACCAACCUGGAAAGAAGCAAGCUAGAGUAGACAACACUACCCUCCUAGGGAUCCACCAGUAAUGUGCAGGUGCACCUGCAUAAAAUAGUCAGCCAAACAAUGCUGUGGACCUGUGGCCAUAAUAUCCAGCUUUGGGCCCAAGUAGACAUGUAUCUCGCCAAUGUAGUCAAAGCCUGGAUACAUUACGAACGUGGCCUUUUUGUCCAAGUGGCAUGAUCAUUGGGUAGAUUGUACAAGUAUAAAAAAUAUUGUAAACCUACAUAAAUUGACAUUCGAAAUAACUCAAACGGUUUCUUUUUUUCCGCUAAGUAACUUUUUACUGCACAUGAAUUAUUAGGGUGAAACAAUUUGGUUAGUGAUUGUUGUGCCUUUUUUUUUUACACUUUUUUGGAUUGAGUAAUAUUUAAAAAAAAUGAAAUCUUCCAUUCAAAAGUUCUAAGAUCAUGAGCUGACAAAUUUUUCAAGCUCAAAACUUUUUUUUGGUUACAAAUUCCAUGCUUGGAAUUCCUUUAACCCCUUCACGGCGGGAUUAUUUUGACCGCGACUGCUGGGCUGUGGUGUGCCCUGAAUGGAGGGCUUUGUCC